GCCAACCCCAGAAUAGCAUUCAGCAGUGUCUCUACAUUAGAACCCUCUGAAGGACCAGACCAUGAUGCUCUUCAGAGUCCUCAGUCUCUGGGUCUUCAUCAUUCUACCUUUAUAUCUGCAAGAAGGGGACUGUACAGAGAUCAUUGGUGGACAUGAGGUCAAGCCUCACUCACUACCCUACACUGCCUUAUUGGAGAACUUCAAUAGUCACCUGGUCUGUGGAGGGAUGCUAAUUAACAGGAAGUGGGUCCUGACUGCAGCUCAUUGUUUGGUGUGGGGUUUUCCCUGGAAGAGGGACAUCAAGACGGUCCAUCUGGGUGUCCACUCCCUGAAAAGAGCUACAAGGGCUUCAAUACAGAGUAUAGAAGUAGAGAAGAAUGUUCCCCAUCCUGACUACAACGCUGAAACAUACCAGCACGACAUCAUGCUGCUGAAGCUGAAGAAGUCAGUCAAGGAGACUAAUAAUGUCCGCAUUAAGCCUCUACCCAAGCCUGUACCAGAUAUUAAGGCUGAAACAAAGUGUUUUGUGGCUGGAUGGGGAAGAACUAAAAAGGGAGGAGCCCAGUCGGAUGUCCUGUUGUCUGUGAACGUCACAGUGAUCGACAGGAAAAAGUGUUCGGUUAUGCACAAAAAUGAAACUAAAAUCACCAAUGAAAUGCUUUGUGUCGGCUACCAGGACACAGAUCCACCUGCUGCCCCUUGUCAGGGAGACUCUGGGGGUCCGUUGGUGUGUGGUGGUGAACUACGAGGAGUUGUGUCCUCUGGUGAGGGAUGUGGUCGUGAGGAGUUUCCUGGGGUAUACACAUUCAUAUCUAAAUAUGAUGAGUGGAUCAAGGAGACCAUCAGAACCUCUGAGUGAGAUGUGUGUAAUUAGCUGAUUAGAGCUCUUCUCAGGUUGACAUUUCUGUAUUAUAAAUGUUUUAUUCUAAUAUUUUGAGAUACUGGACUUUUGAUUUCCAUGAGCUGUAAGCCCUAAUCACCAAGAUUGAAACAAAGAAGGCUCGACAUUUUUCACUUAGUGUGUAAUGAAUCUAGAAUAUAUGAAGGUGUCACUUUUUUAUUUGAACUAAAGAAAAAUAACUUUCCACGAUAUUCACAUUUUUGGAGAUGCACCUGUAUACAUGUAGCUCAGGCUACAACGCUUUGACCGAUUCCAAGUUUUUACUGAUUUGUUUGACAUAAAUGUUUCAUGAUGUAGAAUGUAUUAUUGAUUGUUCUGAGCAUUUGUGAAUUAAUAAAACUUUGAGACUUUGA